AUGCUUUUGGGCAAGGGGCCGUUAGACCGCCGUCCGGUGCUAGUAUUGGAUGAGCUGGAGGAUAUCCAAGUGCAUUUACCCUCCCAAAGGAUCACAACGAUUCAACUGGACGGAGUGCAGUAUUUUAUAUCAAGAAUGAACCCCUACAGCCCCGAACUAAAUUAUUUCCUCGCUUAUCAGUAUUGCAGGUCUCUGGGACUGCAGCUAGCGUCAUUUGAAACCAAGGAAAAGGCGGAUUCAAUUACUACAUAUCUAACAAACGCAGGCUACAACAAGUAUGACUUCUGGACAUCCGGUAACAACCUCGGCACUGACAUGUACUUGUGGAUGAGUACCGGUUUGCCAUUCAACGCGACAUUUAACUACAUGAGACGAGUGACAAUGGAUCAACCCAACCACCACGAUGACGAUAGCAUGGACCCAUUAGAUAUGCCCCAGGGAAGCACUGCCCCUCAACGCACCGCCAGGCAUGGUCUGUUUUCUAGGACCGAGCAUGUGAUGACAAAUGGCUGCGUAGCCCUCAAGGCGCCGUCCUUCCAUUGGGAGCCGCAGCACUGCGGAGAGAUCAAGGACUUUAUCUGCGAGCAGACUCGCUGCUACUACUACAACUACGGUUCCAUCCCAGUCUCCUCGGCGCAGGGGAAACCGCUAUCGAUGACGACAACGACGACGGCCCACCCGCUGACCUCGUCGUCGCCGCCACCACCACGCUCCGAACACCUCCCGACACACUUCACUCUUAACGACCUCAUCGGCAAGCUGCGACCAUCAUCCCUCGACGGCCUCCAGUCACCUCACCUCAAGACCGGAGCACUAUUGAAAUCCCCACCUCAGAUCGACUCCCACUACUCGCGGGCUUCCGAUGCCCACUCGAAGGAGGUGAAGGAGCCCGAACAGAAAGAGGACACAACUCAGGGUCCUUACGAGGCCGACGAGGGAAUGGCGGGCGAUGACCCCGCUGCGUAUCUCACCCACGAGGCCCGGGAGCUGUCCGUCGAGGAUGCUCCGUCCACCGUGGAGCCGGACGCCACAGAGCACUCCGUCCACGCCAGCGGCAUGUUGGCACCCCCCGCCUACUAG